AAAUUAGUGAAUCGGCAUCAUGCCAGCGUUCUUGAAGUAUAUAGAUAUGGAGAACUUCAAGUCCUAUCGGGGUCACCACCAGAUAGGACCUCUGAAGUCUUUCACCGCCGUUGUUGGGCCGAAUGGUUCUGGUAAAUCUAACUUCAUGGACGCUGUGAGUUUUGUGAUGGGGGAAAAGACCUCACUCCUGCGAGUUAAGAGGUUGAGUGACCUUAUUCAUGGAGCUUCCAUUAACAAGCCCGUGUCCAGGAGUGCAUCAGUGACAGCCACCUUUGUGCUGGAGGACAUGACAGAGAAGCAGUUUCAAAGAUCUGUCAUUGGCCAAUCAUCAGAUCACAAAAUUGAUGGGCAGUCAGUGUCCUCAUCCACAUACCUGGCAGAGCUGGAGAAGCUGGGCAUCAACGUAAAAGCGAAGAACUUUCUUGUAUUCCAGGGCGCCGUUGAGAGUAUAGCUAUGAAGAACCCUAAGGAGAGAACUGCACUCUUUGAGGAGAUCAGUGGAUCGGGAGUACUAAAGGAGCAGUACGAGGCAUGUCGCGCCGAGGUGAACCGUGCGGACGAAGAAGCGCAGUUCUCCUACCAGAAGAAGAGGGGCGUGGCCGCGGAACGGAAGGAGGCCAAAUUUGAGAAGGAGGAGGCCGAGAAGUAUUCAAGACUCAAGGAUGAACUGCAAGAACAAAGAGUAGAGCUCCAGCUCUUCCACUUGUACCACAACGAGCGGGAGAUUCAGAACUACGAGGAAGAAUUACAGCACAAACAGAACGAGUUAACCAAGAUCGAGAAGAAGCGGCAGAAGGCCGAAGACGCUUUGAAGGAGAAGAAGAAAGAAACUGGUGCAGCACAGAGGGAGCUAGCUAAGAUCGAGCAGGAGAUUCGGGAAGCGGAAGCGGACAUCUCCAAAAAACGGCCGACCUUCAUCAAAGCGAAGGAGCGGGUGACUCACACGCAGAAGAAACUCGAGAGCGCCCUGAAAACGCUGGAGCAGGCCCGCAAGGCCAACGAGGCCCACCAGGCGGACAUCAGGAAGCUGGAGGAGGAGCUGCGGCAGGUGGAGGAGCAGAAGGCCGCGUGGGAGCUGGCCGCGGGCACCAGCCACGCGGGCCGCGCCGACGUGCACCUGGAGGAGGCGCAGAUCCGGCAGUACGAGGAGCUGAAGAUGGAGGCGUCGCGGCAGGCGGCGCGCUACCUGCAGGAGCUGGACUCCGUGAACCGCGAGCAGAAGGCCGACCAGGACCGGCUGGAGAGCGAGCUGCGGCGCAAGGGCGAGUUCGACGGCCGCCACCGGCAGAAGGGGCACGAGCGCGCCGAGGCCGCCAAGCGCGUGGAGAAGCUCAGCGAGCACAUCCGCGGCUCGGAGGCGGCGCUGGACGAGCAGCGGCGGCUGCGCGACGAGCUGCAGCGGGACGUGGGCGAGUGCCGCGGCCGCGCGCAGCAGCUGCAGGCGCAGCUGGAGGACGUGGCGGCGCAGCUGGGCGACGCGCGCGUCGACAAGCACGAGGAGGCGCGGCGCCGCAAGAAGCAGGAGAUCGUGGAGAGCUUCAAGCGCGAGAUCCCCGGCGUGUACGACCGCAUGAUCAACAUGUGCCAGCCCACGCACAAGCGCUACAACGUGGCCAUCACCAAGGUGCUGGGCAAGUACAUGGAGGCCAUCGUCGUGGACACCGAGAAGACGGCGCGCCGCUGCAUCCAGGUGCUCAAGGAGCGCAUGCUGGAGCCCGAGACCUUCCUGCCGCUGGACUACAUCCAGGCCAAGCCGCUGCGCGAGAGGCUCAGGGACAUCAAGGAGCCGAAGAACGUGAAGCUGCUGUUCGACGUGCUGCGCUUCGAGCCGGCGGCCAUCCACCGCGCGGUGCUGUUCGUGACCAACAACGCGCUGGUCUGCGAGACGCCCGAGGACGCGUCGCGCGUGGCCUACGACCUCGACCGCAGCAAGAACAGCCGCUACGACGCGCUGGCGCUGGACGGCACGUUCUACCAGAAGUCGGGCAUCAUCUCCGGCGGCUCGCUGGACCUGGCGCGCAAGGCCAAGCGCUGGGACGAAAAGCACUUGUCGCAGCUCAAGGCCAAGAAGGAAAAACUAACUGAAGAGCUGCGCGAGUCGAUGAAGAAAUCUCGCAAGGAGUCGGAGUUGACGACGGUGGACUCGCAGAUCCGCGGACUCGAGUCGAGAUUGAAGUACGCCAUCACCGAUAGAGACACCACGUUGAAGCAGAUUAAAACUCUAGAUGCGGAGCUCGCGGAACUGGAGCGAAAGAUCGACAACUUCGUGCCUCAAAUCGAAGCGAUCGAGCACACGAUCCGCGCGCGCGACCUGAAGAUCCAGGAGAUCAAGGAGAACAUGAACAACGUGGAGGACGUCGUGUUCAAGGGCUUCUGCCGCGACAUCGGCGUGGCCAACAUCCGGCAGUACGAGGAGCGCGAGCUGCGCGCGCAGCAGGAGCGCGCCAAGCGGCGCAUGGAGUUCGACGCGCAGAUCGACCGCAUCGCGUCCAACCUGGAGUUCGAGCGCAGCCGCGACACGCAGAAGAACGUGGUCCGCUGGGAGCGCACGGUGCAGGACGGCGAGGACGAGCUGGAGGCCGGGCGCCAGGCCGAGGCCAAGCAGCGCGCCGACAUCGACAAGGAGCUGCGCCGGGCCGACGCGCUCAAGGCCGACCGCGCCGCCGCCAAGGCCAAGCUGGAGCACGCCGAGGAGGACGUCAACCGGGCCCGCAAGGACCUGGCCGCCGUGCAGAAGGACAUCGCGGCCGUGCAGAAGCAGAUCGCCUCCAUCGAGGCCCGCAUCGAGAGCAAGCGCUCCGACCGCCACAACAUCCUCCGCCAGUGCAAGAUCGACGACAUCCAAAUUCCUUUGCUGGAGGGCAGGCUGGACGACACCGAGGAGGCAGAGUCCGACCCCUCCUCGCUCUCCACCACGCAGCAGUACCAAAGGGAGGCCAGGAUCCGCGUAGACUACAGCAUGCUGUCAGAAGCACUCAAGGAUUUGGAGGAGGCGGACGAAAUCAAACGCAAAGCCGACAAACUACAGAAAGCCAUCAAUACCUUACAGAACACCGUUGAUAAGAUACAAGCGCCCAACAUGCGGGCGAUGCAGAAAUUAAACGAAGUCCGCGAAAAGGUGUCCGCAACGAACGAGGCGUUUGUGGCGGCCCGGAAACGUGCGCACAAGGCCAAACUCGCCUUCGAGAAGGUGAAAAAGGAGCGCCAUGACAAGUUCAUGACGUGCUUCGAGCACGUCGCCAACGAAAUUGAUGCUAUAUACAAAUCGCUGGCUAUGAACCAGUCGGCACAGGCUUUUCUCGGUCCUGAGAACCCCGAAGAGCCGUACCUGGACGGCAUCAAUUACAACUGCGUAGCGCCCGGCAAGCGCUUCCAGCCCAUGUCCAACCUCUCGGGAGGGGAGAAGACCGUCGCUGCGUUAGCGCUGCUCUUCGCCAUUCACAGUUAUCAACCCGCACCAUUCUUCCUGCUGGACGAGAUCGAUGCGGCCCUUGACAACACGAACAUAGGCAAAGUGGCCUCGUAUAUUCGCGGCAAGAAAGGCUCCCUACAGACCAUAGUAAUCUCGCUCAAAGAAGAAUUUUACGGCUGUUCGGAUGCGCUUGUCGGCAUCUGCUCGGAGCCUGCUGACUGCCUCGUGAGUGACGUCAUCACCCUCAGCCUCGAAGGAUAUGAAGACUAGAUACGAAAAUAAACAAAAAUUUAAAAUUAUUAAUUGAGCUUUAGUGUUAAUAUUCAUUCCUUUGACAUUUUCAAUAUUUUUUUUUAUUUAAGCUAGGUAAGACAUACAUAUAAUAAACAGUGA